ACAGUACUGGAAAUGCCGCAAAUGUGUUAGACGACAGUGGGUAGAGUCGCUGCUUACCCCAGUUCACGGGAACUGGAUCAUACGGGAUGACAAACGCGUGACGGUAUAAUAAACUGGGAAGAGAAUCAGACAGCAUCCUCGCAUUCUGGACGGGAGAAAUCGUGAAUCCAGCAACGGUGCAUCGGCACAGUUUUAUUUUCUGUUGCUCUGCUCUCACGUCGGACUGAAGGAAGGAGAGCAGCUAGCUAGCUAAUGCGUCAGGGGUGAUGACACGUUUACUUGCCUGCUGGGAUGUGCAUAUGAAAGCAACAGACCAGGCUGUUUUUAUUAUGUAUGGUUAUGUUAUUCAGGCAUCAGAUUUUAAGCGACAGUAGCAGUGUCGCGAAAAAUUCCACUAGUCGUAGAAUUGUAGCCGAUGUGGUUCCUCGCUUCAGCUGUGAUCACAAUACAGAGGAGGAGCACUGACGUCCCUCGGCGAGGAAGUGGGAUGUGGCGAGCCUGUAUUUUGUGUUGCCGUUUAAAAUGUGAAAGCAUUUCAACAAAUGUUCGCGGACCUCGCUACGCAUAGACUGAAGUGGUCCUAUAUUAUGGUAGCCUGAUACACUACUAAGAUGACGAGUUAUUUCAGUCUUCACCGGAAUUGCGCCGUGGGGCCACGAUGGCUUGCAAUAUAAAACCAAUAUGUGAAAUUUAAUUAAGCUAUGUAGCUACCUGGCUAUUAUUUUAAUAUUUAAACGAGCCAUUAACUCUAAUGUCAACUGUUAAAAUGUCAACUCAACAUAAAAUAAUGGACUCAUCUCUAGCACUGGGGAAAUUGGAAAUAAAUAGUACUGGAAGUCUGGAUAUAAGUCACUCCGUAACGAAGAAGGGAAAGACCGUACAGGAUGGACCUCAGACUCACCUGAAUGGCUGCGUGCCACUGUCCCAUCAAGUGGCUGGUCACAAGUACGGCGUGGAUAAAGUCGGUAUUCUGCAGCAUCCAGAUGGCACGGUCCUGAAGCAGCUACAGCCUCCACCUCGAGGCCCAAGGGAAAUGCAGUUCUACAGCCAGGUCUACGCCGAAGACUGCAGCGACCCAGUUCUCCUGGAGCUUCAGCAAUACGUGCCAAAAUACUUUGGGGCCUGGUCCUCACCUGACACGCCCGCCGAGCUGUACCUGAAGCUGGAAGACGUGACUCGAAAGUUCCGGAAGCCCUGCAUCAUGGACGUGAAGAUCGGGCAGAGGAGCUACGACCCCUUCGCCUCGCAGGAAAAGAGGGAGCAGCAGAUUAAGAAGUACCCCCUGAUGGAGGAGAUGGGGUUCCUGGUCCUGGGCAUGCGGAUAUACAAAGUGAACUCGGACAGCUAUGAGACUCACGACCAGCAUUAUGGAAGAGGCCUGGUGAAGGAAACCAUCAAAGACGGCGUGUCCAAGUUCUUCUAUAACGGGAACAGCCUGAGAAACGAUGCAGUCAGCGCCAGCAUCAAAAAAGUGGAGAAGAUCCUUCAGUGGUUCGAAGGUCAGAGCCAGUUACAUUUUUAUGCAAGCUCCCUGCUGUUCGUGUAUGAGGGCUCUCCCCAGGAGGGGGGCCCCAAGAUGGCCGCCAGCAGUCCGCCGGGGGAGACCCCGCCCCCCAAAGCACGGGUGCCAAAUGACAGAGUCGUAGAGUACAACAACAACAUCCACAUGAUAGGCCCCGGGGACAACAGGCUCCUGCUGGGGCCCCUGGGGCACGGCCUGUCCGACAUGUACGCCCUGCACCGGCGAGGGUGCGGCCAGGGUCGCCACGGCGACGCCCCCGACGACGUCCGCAAUGCCCAGCGGGACGAACUGUGGAAGCUGAUUACCCAGGACGGCCUGGAGCAGCCCAAUGGCAACGCCAUCCGAGCCCAACAGGAAGAGGAGGGCGAGGGACGUCGGGGGCCGGACCUGGCUGGCGACGUGGAGGUCCGAAUGAUCGACUUCGCCCAUGUCUUCCCCGGCCACACCCAGGACGAAGGCUAUAUCUACGGCCUUAAGAACCUGCUGUUGGUGCUUCAGCAGAUCCUUAGUGAAUAAGUCCCCUCGUGCUGUGGUUCAUUGUCAGUUCUCUUUACACACUUCUUAUUAACUCGGGCUAAUAGGGUAAUGGAAGUGUAGCAUCACCCAUGCAAGGAAAUCUGCACUAUCAAUCGAGUAACUUCUUUGUAGGUAUUUGUGUAUUAAAUGUGCUUGUUUUGUACCGUUAGGAAAUGUUUAUAACUGUCUUACUCAGGUAAAUUAAUCAACAUUCACAUAUUAAUCUUUGCAAAAGCGAAAAUUGGUGCAGUUCGAUUCUGGACAUCUGGAUGUUUUCUAAUGUCGUUCUUCUCACACCCUCGUUCGUGUCGAAGGCCUGCGCCACAAGUCGCAGUAAACUGCGCUGGAGUACAACUGGACGCUGUGCUUCCCGUACGCAGUCUCCAUUUUGGAAAAUGAACCCAGGCAAACUAAUGAAACUACUGAUUUUUUUUUUCUAAUUUAUAUUUUUUAGAUGUAUAUUUCUGUUUGGAACAACCAAAUAAUCGUCGAGCAUAGGGAAAAAAUUAUAGCGAUCAAUAUUUCAUAUAGGUAUAUUUGCUGCCAAAUUGCUUCGCCUGUUCCUUGGUCAAUCUUUUUAACACCGGGAUCCAAAUUAUUUAAUUUUAAUUGAUGUUAUUAGUUUAGCUUAUUUAUAUGGUGUUGCUGUGGUUUUAGUGUCACCUGAUGCAAUAUGCUGCUUUUACUUGAGUACAGAGUAGGAACAAAACCUAAAACAAACUAUACUACAGUAUCGGAGGCUUUCUUCUGUCAUAUAACUUAUAGUGUAAGAAGGAAAUGGCCUCUGUUAGCCUCAGUGACCAAAGGAAACUGAAGCCUUGUAGAUAAUGUGGCGUUUUAAGAUCUACGGUUCUCUUCCCAUCAGCCUGUAAUCAUCAUUUGAGGGCGAGCUGACGCCUCAUUGGACGGCCCAGUGCCCCCCCCCCCCAGGUGUACUCCACAUCGAUCGGACGUGACACGCACUGCGAACGGGUCGAAAUGCAUGACUUAACUGUGACUUUUUGAAUUUGUUCUUGGGCAUCGUUUGUGGUCGUCUGCGACGACAAGUCAAAAUUCAGGCAUUGUAGAGAUUUUAAUGCGUGAGACGAGCUGACAUUUGCAUCGUCGUCUGAAUUGUGAGGUGAGCUUGUCUGUAAGGCAGAGCAGCAUUGCGCAUGUAUUCAAAGACCCCAGAAACUUCCAUUAAGGUUUUAUAUGUCACUUAAUGCACCUAUUUUAGUCCUCCUAGCAAUCAAAUUAAGAUGUGGAAAUCUAAACCUGUUUUACCAUGUCACUUGAUUAUACAUCUUAGAAUAAUCAAGAACUAACAAGUCCUAUAAGAUUUUUUUUUAUGUAUACAUGUGUUGCUAUGAAUUUCUGAUGAUGCAGCUCCUUAGAUGAUUGGUGAAAUUACCAGGGGAAGUCUAAUCAAAAAGUGGCAUUAAAUGAAAUACCUAUAUAUUCAGGGCUUAAUGCUUAUCCAAAUAUUAUCCAGAUUCAAUUAUUUAAUUUGACCUAUUAUCAUUCUUCUGUUGACUUUGUUAUUGAUAUGCAGGAAAUUGAAUUUGGAAGAAUUUCUAUGAUUGUGGUCAUACUCCUAAAUCACUGCCUUAUUUCCUUUUUUGGUUAAUGUCAUUUCUGGGCUUACUCCAUUAACUUUUUUAUACAUUUCCUGUUUCCUUUCAGAGAUCUGUUAUAUGUAAGACUAGCAACGAAUGAUGAUACUAAUAAUAACAUGCAAAGUGUAAAAACUGGAUGACAUGCAUUAAGUAAAUGAGGGAUGGAAUGUUAAUAGCUUGUCAAAAACUUUGCAUGCAGCUCCCAGUUAGAAAGUUUAUAUUUUCAUUACAUUUAAUUUCUUUUAGAAUAUUUCAUUCAGUGGGUGUCCAAGUAGUGUGCACCCAUUGAUUUCAUUUUGUGUGUAAUGUUUCUUGCCCAUCCAAUAUUUGAAUAUGAAAGACUAGUUUUAUUAUUUUGCUUUAUGUUGUAUCUCAAGGCAUAGCUGUGAGUUCAGGCCAAAAUAAUAAUUAAUAAUAAUUCAUAACCAGCACAGUUAAUGUAUCUUACUCAGACUGUAAGAAUAUAUAUUCUUCUAAAUACUGGAAUAUAUAUUCUUCUAAAAAGUGAAUCAGUAGGUUAAAUUUAGCAGAAAGGAUGUUGCAUCAUCAAUGGGCAAAGAGAGCCAGGGUACUACUAGUGUACUGCACAACUUCAGUCUAUGCUUGAAACUAUGCUGAAGCUCAGUCAUGCUCAGACUAUAACAAUACUGUACAUAAGUAGGAGGUCAUUUGUCGUAGCUGCUCUCACACAAUGCAGCUUUCUGUAGAAAUGUUGAUCCAGUUGAAAGUCUCGUUUACAUUCCAUAUAUAUAUUUUGCUGGCUUAAAAUAUGUUUAUGUAGUGAAUACUCACGUGCAGGAAAAUAACCUUUAUGAAGCAAUUAAUUGUUGCCGUGUGUUCCUCUAUGAAUUUUUUAUUUGUUGUGUAAUGCACUGAAGCAAGUUAAUACUCAGUUUAAAAUUCUGUCCUUUUGCUGUGAACUAGCCAGUGGCUUUUCCCUUUGAGGUCCAGUUUUAUUUGUUGCAGCAGCUGACAAAGUUGUUUCUUUUUUCUCACUGAACCGGACUGAAAGUGACAAACGCAGCAAGCAGUGCACUAAGGCACUUUAGAGGUAUGGGACUAGACUGGAUUAUGUCCAAUGAACUGAGCCAAUCAGGGCUCAGUAAUAAUCCCUUCAAUACCCACCCCUUCCCCCCACCCACCCUCUAUACUGGAAAGUUAACCAUACUCCUUGAGCAAAAAUAACUAAUAUAUUAACUCUGUCUGAGACUCAUUUAUUUAUUACUCAGUGAUAUUUUCCAGACAUUUCAUGCCAUAGUUGUCAGAGAACUUAAUUUGCAAUCAGAAAAUUGCAGGUUUAAAUUCAAAGUAGGGCACUGGUGUCAAACCUAUUAGAAUGGCAUUCAAUCUGAAUUGUUUCAGCAAAUGUGUCCAGCUGCAUAAAUGCACGAUAUUUGACGUGAGACACUGGAUCUGGGUGUCUGCUACAUGUAUAAUAAUGGUGAUUUUAUUUUAUUUUUUUAAAGGCCUAUGAUUUAUUUGGGCCUGCUUGAAAUAUGUUCUGGAAUAUGCAAGGAGAGCAUAGAAAUGGACAUCUCUAACCUAGACAUGUGACUAGUGAAGACGACAGCAUUGAAGGGGAAGACAUGGCCCACAAAGUUAAACCAGGGUAGUGCACUGCUCCAAACUUUUUUCAUUUUGUCUGUACUCAGUGACCAAUGAUAUUUUAAUUAUUCAGCAGUCACUUCUGAUUUUGGGUAGUGAUAUUAUUGGCUUUUAGGUUGAGUUAACCACAAAUUCCCAGUGUUCAAAUGCAUUGACUAGGUAACAAACGAUUUUUAGUUUGUGAAUUAUUUGAGUGAUUAUUAAAUAGUUUAUCUCCUGAGGGGCCGUUUGUGUCACAUAAUUUUAAGCAGCGUGAUGUAACAUUUGUUUAGUUUUACCUCAGCUUGUCAGUUUUAAUGGACACCCAUUGCAAGGUUGUCAGUCUUCCAUGGCUGGUGCUAGGUCAGAGAUGUCCCCCUGUCCUGGAAUAUGCAGACUGGAAUAUGCCCCUAUCUGAACGCUUUCUGUGUGACCUCACCAUCCUUUCUGUUUGCUCUGCUCUGAGUCCUGCCUUUGGUUUCUUAUGUAUACAGGGGGAAGUGGUUUUAUGUUUUCUCUCUCUCUCUCUCUCUCUCUCUCUCUCUCUCUCUUACUCUUGUUCUCUGAUUUGAUCAUAUUACAAAUUACCGAACAUUACAAAGAGACAAAUUACCUACUUUUGUAAAUGAAUUAUAUAUAAUAUUUAGAUAAAGACAUUAAUGGCUGUAUAUUUGGCAAAUAUUAAUUACUAAUAAAAAUGUAUUCCCAGUCA